UUCCCAGCACUCUGGACUGUCUGGAUAACGGUUGUGCGUACAGACCCUUUGCCAGCCGUCUCACUGAACGGAGUCUAACGGGCUGUCGGCAGCCAAUCGGCUUUUCGCAGGGGCGUGGCAUUGUGUAUAAAUAGGAUCGCUCGCCGCCGCCUGUGCCAGUAGUAAAUUGACGCCGUGUGUGGAUAUGACGACUACAUCAACGUUCAGCGGGCUGGACCCGGAGGGCCGCAGCAGUUCCAGGAUCCUUAGGCCUCCAGGCGGAGGGUCAAGCUUCACGUUUGGUGUUGGUGACCAGCCAUCACAACCUACUAGACGGCAUAAGAUGGCUUCCAACAUAUUUGGAAUAUCCGACUAUAACAGUCUGUCUGAACCUUGUGUCCAGGAAACAGGUGCACCUGCUAUUGCAGCAGCGCAAGGGGACUCUGAAGACACGAAUACAGAGUGGACGUGCCCUUCUGUGGAGUGCGACAGCGCUGAUGUGGUUGAACAGGAAGCACCUGAAAUCAUUGAUGGAAAUGAGGAACCCAAGUCCAUUGGAGUAUCUGCAGAGUCUGUAGCUUCUGUAACCAUUCCCACCAGAAGAAAUCCCCCUGGUGGAAAGUCCAGCCUGAUUCUUGGAUAAACAAUCAAUUUUGGACUUUAAUAUUUUUUCCCCACUUUCAUCUGUUUAUGUAUUUUCUUAUUUGAAGCACUUUGUCUUGCCAUUUUUAAAUACUUGUGUCCCCUGACUCUACUGGAAGGCGCAUGGAAUGAAUUUUCGGAUAGUGUUUUUUUUUUUUUGCUUUUUUUUUUAUCAAUGCUCACAUAUAAUAAAGAAUGUUUCAAUGUA